AUGCAAGUACUUAGUUUACAUUCGAGAGGUGUCGGAAAGGUACUGAAAGAUGCCCGUGCGUCCCUUAACUCCCGAACUAGCCGAGAAAGCUCGGGUGGAGCUGAAUGAAGAUCCCAAGAGGAUCGAGAGUGAUAUACAGCAUCUGAAGGACUGGAUAGCCAAACAACCUCAUUUGAGGGCAAGGACAGAUGACCAAUGGCUGGUUGUGUUCCUACGAGGCUGCAAGUACAGCCUGGAGAGAGCCAAGGAGAAGUUGGAUCUCUACUACACAAUGCGUUCUGCCGCCCCGGAGUUCUUCAACAAGCCAAGCGAUGCACUAUUUUACGAAAUACUUGAUAUCUCUCCUAUGAUAAUAAUUCCCAAGCCUCCGGGUCCCGCGUCGCCCCUGAUCGCUAUAAUCCGGCCCGGCGUCUACGACCCGAGCAAAUACUCGAUGAUGGACAUCAUGGCUUGUUCUGGUAUCAUGCAAAAGAUAUUACUUUUAGAAAAUGACAAUUAUGUCGUUGCGGGAGGCACAUCUAUAAUGGAUCUCGAAGGAGCAACUAUGGCGCACUUUAUGCAAAUGUCACCAAUGCAGAUGAAGAAAAUGACUGUAUUUUCACAGGAUGCUGCGCCUAUUCGAAUGAAAGGGUUCCACUAUGUGAACUCACCAUCAUUUUUCACAACCAUAUUCAACACUUUCAAAGCGUUCCUUAAUGAAAAAAAUCGAAGUAGAAUAGCGUUUCACUCGAGUUAUGAAGAACUCUACAAGACUAUUCCUAAAGAGUACUUGCCUGCCGAGUAUGGAGGCACUGCGGGCACUAUCAAAGAAAUUGCAGACUACUGGAAAAAGAAGUAUGUGGAGUACAAAGAUUGGUUGGAGGAAGAUAUGCAGUUCGGUACCGAUGAAAGCAAGCGUCCCGGUAAACCGAAGACGGCUGAAGAUAUGUUUGGAAUCGAAGGAUCCUUUAGGCAGCUAGAAUUCGAUUAUUGUCCAAGUUGGUUGGUGCAACGCGUGCAACGAGCUCAGAGCCCCGCUGCAACUACUGUUUCCUUGUCGUGUGUUGGCAAUAGAAAGUUGAUAGAAAACAUGCCUGUACGACCCCUGCCCCCUGACUUGGCAGAAAAGGCCAAGUCAGAGCUGACUGAGGACCCGAAGCGAUUGCAGGACGGCAUCGACCACUUGAAGGACUGGAUUGAUAAGCAGCCGUAUCUGCGGGCUAGAACAGACGACCAGUGGCUUGCUGCCUUUCUUAGAGGCUGUAAACAUAGUAUAGAAAGGGCGAAGGAAAAAAUUGAUCUGUAUUAUUCAUUAAGAAGUACUGCUCCCGAAUUUUACUUGCCCAAGCACACGGACCAAAAGUUCAUAGAGCUUAUAAAAGCAGGGGUUGUUCUAAUACUGCCAAAAACCGUUGGACCCGCUGGACAAAGAGUGACGUUGGUCAGAGCCAGCCAAUAUGAUCCGGAGAGGUUCUCACUCAAUGAGUUUCUAUCAGUGUCACUGGUUAUAAAGCAAAUUCUUUACUUGGAAGACGACGCCUUUGUGGUGGCGGGAGCUAUCAACGUGGUGGACUUGGAGGGAGCUACGCUCGCCCACUUCGUGCAGAUGACGCCUACGCAGAUGAAGAAGAUGGUGGUGCUAGAACAAGACGCAUCUCCUCUUCGUGUGAAAAGUGCUCAUUAUUUGUGUACUCCGCCGGGGUUUGAGACAGUUUUUAAUAUGGGCAAGAAAAUUUUAAGUGAAAAACACAAAAAUAGAAUCUACAUUCACAAAAAUAAGGAAGAAUUGUUUGAUUAUGUUCCCAAAGAAAUAAUGCCAGUGGAAUAUGGUGGCAAUGGAGGAACCGUCGAUGAAAUUAUAGAUUACUGGAUUAAGAAGAUUCAAGAAUAUAGAAGUUGGCUAGACGAAGAUCUGCAGUAUGGGACAGAUGAGCACUUGCGGCCAGGGUCGCCCAAAACCGCUGAAAAUAUGUUCGGGGUCGAAGGUUCCUUCAGACAGCUUGAGUUCGAUUGA